AGCGGUGGCACCUCGUGUAGCUUGCAGGACGCUAUCAACACAGGAGAGGCAGACAUCAUCUAUGAUUGUCCGGGCACAGGAUAUAUUGGCGGCUUUGCCUCGACGUUUGAUACAACAGUCAAUGAUCGAUUGUGGCGGCCUUAUUGCUGCACCAGAAGUCAAGCAUCUCUUAUUAACUGCAAGAUAGAAAGAGGAACUGCAUACGCUAAUAGUCUUGGAGGGGCACUGUCGUUUGAGAUACCAACAAGUUUGAGUAAUUCUCAUCGACGAGUCAUAGUUGGUAUAGAAGCUUACUUCAACACUGUUGACAAGGAUCGACGCUGGAGGUAUAAGCAUUGUGAGAUUGAAGUAACUUGUCCGGUUCCAGCCAUUCCUGCAUUUGGUCAAGUGUUUGGAUAUGACUUCAGAUAUGAACAGAAUAUUUCCUACUCCUGCAACAACUCAUAUUACAUGUUGAGUGGUAAUCAAACUAGGACGUGUCUCAACUCUGGUCAGUUCAGUGGAGAGGAACCUAUUUGCACAUCAUGCACAAAUAUUACUUACUGUGAGGAUGUCAGAUGCACAAAUUUGACGAAUCAGUAUUGUGAACUGUGUGAAUCAAAUUAUGGGGUGAAUAAAGGGGACAGAGCUUAUGAGAAUAGAUACACAUCUUGUGAACCCUUGUGCUCAUGGAAAAGAGACUAUUGCUAUCCUGGUGUGUGUCUCAGCACUCCUGAAAGCUGUCAGUGCUCUGCUGGGUUUAGUGGUCAAAACUGUCUAAGUGUGCUAACUCCACCUACUUUGCUUGACUGCAGCAUCUCUCUCACCGAUAACUUGGGUAACAAAGUAGAAGGACUCUGCACUUUUUCUUCUUCAUCUGCUAUCUAUACAAACAUUCGUCCUCUUGAAAUUGACUUGAAUUGGAAUGUUGCAUUUCAAGGACCACAGCCACCUGCAAGACCUUCAUAUGUUGUUGACUAUAAAGUUGGAGUUGUUGAAACUUAUCUCAAUGCAACUAUUCGAAGAGCUAGAGCUUUGUCAUUUGUUGUUGACUCAGAAGUAUUUGGCUGCUCAGAUGUCUCUCUUUCAAACAGCAGGCCAAGAGCUGAUCCAAUUAGCUGCAGAGAGCAGCAACCACUUCUCAAAACAUUUCUUCAUGGUGAUAGGUAUGAGAUGAAAGUACUUGUGGAAAGUGGUGGCUUUCUUGUUUUGAGAGACCAUGACUUAACCAUCAAUGUGACCAAAUACUACAGUGGCUCUCGUUUCAUUGGACACACACUUUUCAUUUUAGACUUCUUGCCUCCAAAUCACUGCUCACUGACUAGCUCAGUAGAUUGUUUGUCUGGUCAGUCAUUGCUGUCUGUUGUUACACCAAUUACACGUGCAAGAUCAACAGACAUAACAUGGGGUGGAUGGUUAGAUGGACUGUCAAAUGUGCAUUCCUACCAAAUAGAAGUUUAUCCAUUCCAAAUGAAAGGACCUCUGCAGUGUGAGAAGCUUACUGACUCAAUCAGUUCUAUGACAAUUGUUGAAAACAAUUCUACAUCUUUUGCUCGUCGAAUUGUCUUUAGUAGCGCUGGUAUUUACUCUGUUGUUAUGACAGUCACUGACACUGCUGGAAAUGAGCGCUAUUCUCGCAGAUUGGUUUUGUAUGACAGUGUCUCUACUUUAGAGAUUGAUGCCAUGAAUCCUAUUCGUGUGCUGUCAGCUGCCAAUGAAACUGGUAAUCGUUGGCAAACUGAUCUUGCUGAACCAAUAGUUGUCAGUGGAGUGGGUCAUUUUUAUAAUUCCAAGCUUCGGACAAACAAAUGGCUAGAUCCAAUAUGUGAUUUCCAUCAAACUAUUGAUCCCAACUAUGAUCAACCUAUUGACUCAGAUUCUCUUUCUCGAUCUGGGACUCUUAAUGCAGAUGGUAUUGUCAAGUUAGACUACACAGUUGGAGUUGAUCACAAAGGCGGCUCAACAGUAACCGGUCUGAGAUCAUGGUCAACUAUAGAUGAUGUGUUUUUUUCAAAUUUUUCAGCAGUGGUUGAUCGUACGGAUGGAGACACAGCCAAGUUUGCAUUUCGAGCUGCAGACUAUCUUGGACAAGAAAUAACCGAUUUUGUUCUUGUCAAUUUUGAUUCUUCACCACCAACUGUUCACGAACCUUGGUUGUUAAGAAAUGGAGAACAACUUCUUUUACAUCACUCUACUAACCUCUUGGAAAUGCGAAUUCAAAUACAAGCAGAAGACGAGCACAGUGGAAUCUCUAGAAUUGAAUGGACCAUUGGAACUACAAUUGGUGGAAUGGAUGUGGGGAAUGGUCAUGUUUACAUAAAAGUGCAGAACUCUGUGGAUUGCACUGAUGCAUCAUGCUACUGUAUUCCAACAAGUAGGUGUUAUUCCAAAGUGUUUGAUGUCGAUCUGAAUAGUCAAAAUAUGAAGGAGCUGUAUGGACAACAUGAUACAGAUUACUUUAUUUCAGUUGUAGUGACAAAUCAGGCUGGUCUAUCUGCCACAUCAACCAUCAAGAUUACAAUAGACACAACACCACCUCAGAGUGGGGUUGUUGUUGAUACAACUGUGGGGGAGAAAGAUAUUGAUUAUCAAAGUGGUUUGAUCUAUCAGUUCUCUUGGAAUGGUUUCUUUGAUCCAGAAACAGAUGUUAUAUCUUAUCAGUAUAUUGUGGAUGUCAACUGUGCAGCUGAAGGAAAUUUUAGCUAUUCAGCCAGAGGAAAGGUCCUCCAGACUCAAGAUCUUCAUGGAAUGUGGGAGACAACAUCACAAGGACAAUAUUUUGUCACAGUUGUAGCAUACAACAAAGUAUUAUCACCAUCAAUUCCCGUUUGCUCUGAUGGCAUUGUUAUUGACCAGACACCUCCCAGUUUAGAGCAGAUCUUUAUAAAUGAUAUAAUUGUUCAACCAGGUCUCAUACAAGAUACACAAAAGCAGGUGUGGUUGGUUCUCCACGAUAGGCGUCGAAAAAUGGUGGUUUCUCCAUCUGAAGAGUGCUUCAAUAACUCACUAUUUGUUGAUGAUGCUGAUUUAUACCCCUUGCAUCAGUACCAGGAUGUAGUUUCAACUGUGAAAGCUGAAGAAUGUGGUCAAUAUGGACAGUUCAUUCAGACUCAGUAUGUCACACAGAGUGAAUAUGUUGCAGUCAACUGGACAGCAUUUGAUCAAGAAAGUGGUCUGCUAGAUUACGAAGUUGGAUUGGGAAGCAAAGAUACUGGUACUGCAGACAUCAGGCCAUUUAAAUCAACAGGAAGGCAUCCUUUGACUACAAUUAUUGAUUCAAACUUGAAGCAUGACUCUCAGUUUUUUGUCAUCAUUAAAGCUACAAAUCAGGCUCUUCUUUCUGUUACUAAAGUGGUUGGACCCAUUGUUGUAGACACGACACCGCCAAUCUUUACUGGUCAAUUGAAUGUCAGGCUUGUAUCUAAUCAGCUUGUUGUUUCAUGGACUGCUGGAGCAUUUCAAGAUCAAGAAGACAGACAUGGAAUAGGGUUGCAAUUGGCAAUAGGUUCAUCGUUGAAAACAACAGAUGUAAUCAAUUUCUGCCAAGUUGAAACAUGUUUUGAAAAACGUGGCUCAUCAGUGAUUGUAUUUAUUGAUUCUCUCAUUAAACAGCUGCACAGUGGCAUGGUUUAUUACUUGUUUCUUAAAGCAACAAAUGGUGCAUCUCUUACACAUAUCAUUACCUCAACAUAUGUUCACCAGGUCAAUAUUCCUUCAGUUGGUGUUGUAAAUGAUGUUGAGCCUAAAACAAGAUCAACACAGUCUUGGUGGCAAGAAAAAUAUGGCAUUUAUCUAGAUGGUGAGGACAUUGACAUUCAAACAACGAAUUCUUCAAUGGCAGCUCAGUGGUUUGGCUUUUCUCACGACUACCUUCCUACGACAUAUGAGUUUGGUGUUGGAUCAGUUCCUUAUAUGGAUGAUAUCGUUUCAUUUAAGUCAGUAGGCAGCAAGACAACACAUGUAGAAUCUGGUUUGUCGCUUGCCAAUCAGAGAUUUUAUAUGACAAUAAGAGCAUCAAAUGCAGUAGGCAAUGUUACUGCUGCUUCAGAUGGAGUACUCAUAAUGAAUGACCUUGAUGGUGACAUUCAACAGGGAGCAGUGGUUGUUGAUGGAUGGGAUAUUGACUCUGAUGUUGACUAUCAAUCAUCUCAAUCAGAGGUUAGAGCUUCAUGGCAAUUUCCAGCAUCUUUGCUAUCAUCACUAUCACAUUACCAAUGGGCAAUAUAUCAACGCAAACGCAAUACUAGUUUUGAGGUGAAAUCUUACCAUUCUGUUGCGACUUCUGCUACUGCCUCAGCUGCAGGUAUGAACCUGAAUAUUGGCAGUGAAUAUUAUGUGUCUGUCAAGUUGUGCUAUUCGGAUGGAUGCUCAAAAGUAGUGCAUUCAGAUGGAUUUUAUGUUGUUGGGCCACCCAUUCCAUCCACAGUUCAAGCAGUGUAUAAUAUCGAUUUGAAUACAGCUCUUCUGCAAUGGGAACCAUUCAGCGAUCCUGAAAUGUCUCAUUAUAGGUGGUCUAUAGGCACAGCUACUGAUGGUUCUCAGUUGCUGAUUCCGUCCGGCACUGUGACUGCUUCUAAUGAAACAAUGGUUGUUUCUGUAGCUGUGAACAUGUCUGCUCAUUAUCCAGCUGUUGUCAUCGUAAGGGGAUAUAAUGCUGCUGGAGUAGACGCUGCUGUAUCUGUUGAUAUGGAGUGGCAGGCAAAUGGGAGGACAACACUUCGUUCUGCCAUUGACACCGCUACUAUGACUGUUUAUGACGUUAAAUCUUCCGAGGUAAAAGAAUUGAGUUCAUCUGAUUGGCGUCAAUUGGAGCACAUGUUAUCUAGCUUUACUGAUAUUCAGUACAGUGCAGAAUCUGACAGACUAGCUGCUGCAUGGCCACGUCUCCGCUACCCAUUGUAUUCAUGGUCUGUCUCUGAGACUUCUCGAUAUGUGCCUUGUGGAUUACCAGGAGUUGUAGCAUGUGGGGAGACUCCAACCAAUCAAUUAACGGUCUCUGAUUUAUCACUAAUUCAUGGACACAGAUAUUACUUUUGUGUGUGGUCAAAUUCUACAAGCAUACAACACGAGUAUUUUAGAGAAGAUUUGCCAGCUAUCGAAGCAUGCAGCAAUGGAGUGACUGUGGACUUGGAGCCACCGGUUGGUGGGUGUGUGUCAGUUGGCAAUAAAGUGGCAAAUCAAUGUCAGAGCACUGGAAGGAAGGAAACACAAUACCAAGCUGCUACAACAGAAAUAGAACUAUUUUGGUCAGGAUUUUCAGACAUUGAAACAACAGUACAUGCAUCAGGAAUUUCACAUUAUGAAUACGCUAUCGGUUCUGCUGCUGGACUUGAUGAUGUUGUCCAGUUCACACUAGUUAUAGCUGCUAAUCAAGCUGUUGCACGUUCUUUGGCACUAAAUGAUGGAGAAAUAUAUUAUGUUACUGUUAGAGCCUUUGACUUGGUGGGUUUCUCAACUGACGCCUAUUCUCCACCUAUUGUUGUCGAUUCCAGUCCUCCAUCAAUUGGAAUAGUUACUGUGGGUGAUUAUUCCUCUAGCAGUACAACUCACAUUCAAUCUCUAAGUCAAGUGACUGCACAAUGGAGUCAAAUAGAUGACAAACACUCGGGAGUAGCUCACUUACAGUGGGCAUUGGGAUCUCGAAUUGGUCAUGCAGAUCUGAUGCCUUUCACUGCAAUAGGCUUAGAACAAACGGGCAAAACAAGCACUCUCCAAUUGACAGAAGGGCAGCUAGUGUUUGUGUCUGUGUUGGCAACUAACCAAGCAGGUGUGACCACCAUGUCAACUGCUAAUGGUUACAUAGUAGAUGUCUCACCACCUACAACUGGUUAUGUAUUUGAUGGGCCUAAAGCUAAUGGAGUCCUGCAAAGUAGUAAAGACUUAGAUUAUGGGCCUUUGCUGACUCAGCUGAGUGCUCACUGGGGAGGAUACCAUGACAUAGGAACAGGAAUAGUUGACUACCAGUGGGCAAUAGGAUCAUGUUCAGGAUGCAGUGACAUUAUUUACUGGCACAGCACUGGUUUGGCAACAGAAGGAAACUAUGAAGGCCUAUCUUUGAUAUCUGGUCAUACGUACUAUUCCUUGGUGAAAGCAUGUGACGGUGCUGCUUUGUGCUCGUCUGUGGUAACAUCUGAUGGUCUCUUGGUAGACAACUCUCCACCCAUUGCAGGAUAUGUAGUAGACGGUCUAAAUGGAGAGGACAAGGGGUAUCACACAGACAGAACUUCUGUUUCUGCUCGUUGGUUUGGUUUUCAUGAUCCUCACUCAACAAUAAGUUAUUUUGAGUGGUCAGUGGGGACAUCUCCUGGCGCUGAUGAUGUACUAACAUGGACAAGUAUACAUCUAGCUGAGAAAGCAACACAGACGUCUCUCGACAAUUUUUUACCUCUCAAUAGGUUACUCUACGUAUCAGUGAAAGCAGUAAACAAGGCCGGUUUGACUGUAACACGAUGGUCUGAUGGAUUUGUAGUUGACAGCUCUCCUCCUGUUGUUGUCUCGGCACCACAGAUAGAUGUGACUUGGAGUGGCUCUUUCGUUCGUGGCACUCAAUUUGAUCGCUCUCAAGUCAGAGCUACUUGGCAGUUUAGUGACAGUGAAUCAAAAGUUGUCAAACAUUACUGGUCUCUUCGUUCUCAUGAUGGUUCAAGUGCUCCUUCUCUUCCCAGUGUUGUGGCUGAGGGAAAUAGUGCUAUAAUGACUGGACUAAAUCUAAAUGACGGUGAUCGAUACUCAAUGACAGUGACAGCAUGCAAUGGAGCUGCUUUGUGCACUACUGCUACGUCUGAUGCAGUGUUGAUAGACUCCACUGUACCAUCCGUGGGAACAUUUAGUGUUAACGUAGAUACUGCAGCAAUGAUAGAUCGAUCGGUAGUGGGAGCUAUGACAUGGAGCAAUCAUCCCAGGCUUGAUCAAGGCAGUCUGGAUAUUGCGUGGUUGGGAUUUUCUGAUCAUCAGUCGGGCAUCAGUCACUACGGUGUGUCUGUUGGUACAUCAUACGGACAGGGUGAUCUGGACAUGUCAGCUACACCAGCAACCAUUAAUCACGAGUCCAUUAAUACCACACAGCGAGCAGUUAUACCAGUGAAACGACGAUUGGUAUAUAAUGAAAAGAUUUUGAUAUCUAUUUGGGCAGUGAAUGGCGUUGGUGUCCCGAGUACUAUGCGAACGGAUACAUUCACUCUUAUCACUUCAGGAGAUCCUCAGUUUGGAAGUUUGGAAAAGGAACGUUCAACAGUUUGUAAGGUGCACACAUGUGAGGGUCAUUGUACGUGUGCUGCUCAAGGACAGUAUUGUCCAACACAGUCUCCCUGCAUAGUUUACAACUCAACAGACAUUCCUAGCCAGAAAAGUUUAGUUGUGAUUCCUGACGUAAUUCAGGGCAGGCUGUCAAUUGAUGCUGAUUUUACUUCCUCUACUUGCAGUUUGAGCGCUUCAUGGUCAAUAGUCGGUGUCCAAACGGAUAUCUUGUGGUAUGAAUGGUCUGCUGGGAGAAAAGGCAAAUCGGUGGGAAGUGGUGUACUUGAGAAAGCAACAGAACAAUACUGGUUUCCAGUAUCAACUGGAAUUGAAAGACGAGCUGCCCUACUCUUGCCGACUUCAAAACGACUGAUCACAGGAGUUUCCUAUGUCUUUUAUCUAAGAGUUUGGUAUUCUGCAGACCAGUAUGCUGUCUUCGAAUCCGAUGGCAUUACUAUUGACUCACAACCACCGUUUGUACAGAGUGGACGAAGAGUGAAAGAAGUCCGGUCCACAACAGCCCCGUUUCAUGAUAUUGACUACACACAGUCAACGAGUGAUAUCCACCUGCACUGGGAAGGUGUGUUUGCAACGGGAAAAUAUGGUGUGAUUGAGCAAUGGCGUAUUUGUAUUGGACAAUCAGCGGGAGUCUGCUCCUUGUACUUGGGUUACGUCUCAGCCAAUGUCUCUAGUAUGACCGUUUCUGGGUUGAAGUUGACACCACGCAUCCGAUACUACACUUCUAUAGCAGCCGUCAAUCCUGUUGGACUCGAAGUCUCUUCAUUGUCUGACGGAAUUGUGGCAGACGUUGACAAACCAAUCACCGGAGUCGUUCUGGAUGGCUCUGAUGCUCACGAUGCGAGAGCACAAAGCAGUGAAAGCGAAGUGAGUGCGUCGUGGCACGGAUUCAUCGAUCUCGACUCUUAUAUUCAUCACUACGAGUGGGCAGUUGGUCGUAUGCCCGGCAGUAACGAAACGAUGGCGUAUAAAGAUGUAGGACUGGCGUUGUCUGCGACAUCAUACGGUCUCAAUCUGACACACGGUGUCACGUACUACGUGAGCGUAGUGGCUGUAGAUGCCGUCGGUAUUCGCUCGGAUGUCGUAUCUUCCGAUGGAAUCGUCGUCGAUACGUCGCCCUCUUUGAGUUACGUUUGUUUGCAAAGAUCAGGCAACUUGGUGACCAACCCGUCGUUUGAACCGUCGUCGACUCCUUGUUCGUCUAGCACGUCGCUAGCGGACAUUACAAACGGAUGGAAUGUCGACAACGUGUCUUGGAUGAGAGCCGUCACACAAUCAACCGACACCUACAAUGGAUGUUAUUCUCUCUACUUUUUUGGUUCAAUUAGUCAGAAGAUUCCGACUACGCCAAAAACUGAAUAUCGCCUUGCUUUUUACGCAUCUGUUUACAAUGACACCUCAACCUCCUCCGCGGCUGUCAGCAGCAUCUCAGCCACAGUAUCAAUUCCUUCUGGUACGCACACGUUCAUCACUCAGCCUACGCAUCAUCAAUCUGGAAGUCAACAAUGGAAUGGACAUUUUUUCGUAUUUACUGCCACAGAAAUGCAAACUAAUAUCACAUUUACUUCAAAGGGUCGCAGUGGGAUAAUGAUAGACCGCAUUUCUGUUGAUUACUGUUUGAAUAGAAGUGAAGAGAAGAAGAUGGGUAAUGCGACCGUCAUUAAGAAUUCUCAUUCAAUAUCUGUCGGAACUAGAAACUAUUUUGGUUCAUCUCCCCAACGAAUUGCCGUCAAUUGGGAUAUCAGAGACGCCGAAAGUGGGAUAAGUAAGUAUUGGUUUGCAGUGGGGACUGCAGAGGGUGGAGAGCAGUUGCAACGCUACACAUCUGUUGGUCGAGCGACCUUUGCUAUUACGUCUUCCCUCAGGCUACAACAUAAUUGGAAUGUCUACAUAUCUGUCAUUUCUUGGAAUGACGCCGCCAAAGAGCGAGUUGUCUAUUCAAGACCUUUUCUUGCAGACUUCUCUCAUCCGCAAGCUGGUGCCGUCUUUGAUGGAGAGACAGAUGGUAGUGAUGUAGACUAUCAGAGCACAACAGUGGUGUCUGCAAAUUGGAAAACAUUUUUAGACUCUGAAAGCGGUAUUGCGGAAUGCAAAUGGGCAAUCGGCUCAUCUCCUUCAUUAGAUGACAUUCAACCUUACCACACGCUAUCUCUUGGCUCGUUGAACGCUUCUAGAGUCGGACUAGUACUCACUCACGGUCAACGCGUCUACGUCCAAGUGAUCUGCACAAACGGUGCCGGUCUGUGCAGCCAUGCGGUAUCGGACGGAGUGAUAAUUGUGCUCAAGGAUCCUUCCGGUACAGGCGCGUCUCUCACCGUAUCAGCCAGCAGGACUGGAGAGUAUGAUAGCGAACCAAACGUUUUACCACAGACAGACAGUCUCCAUUUGUCGUGGAGAGGCUUUGUGGAUGACGUCACUUUGCUUCGGUAUGAAGUGAAGUUGAGCGGUACCGCUAUUUCACCCAACGCGUCUCUAGCACAAUGGAACGACGUCGGACACGUGAGGGAAACUUUUAUUACCGGAAUCAGACUGCAAGACGAGGGAUCCUACAGAGCUUACGUGCGGGCAGCAAAUCUUGCGGGUUUAGUCAGCCCUAGUGUACACAACGACUUCUCCAUAGUUGCGACGCGACCACUAGACACAGCUGCUCCUAUAAAUUCGUCGUGGGAAGGCGCGACUGUCAAACUGACCUGGAAGGGCAAGUUCUCUCCGUCUGCCUUCAAGUACGAGCUUUCCGUCGGUACCGUUUCAGCUGGUACCGACGUUCUCAAGUUUAUCGAAACGUCACAGACGGAAUACUCGUUCACUCCUCUGCUAAUCGACCGGAGCAAGGACUUUUACGUCGUACUGACAGCCAUCACCGCUUCUGGUCUUCACUCGACUGCAAACCAACAUUUCAAGGGUUCGAACAAUUGAAUGUGUAAAUAAUAAUUGACUCGGAUAUCGGUUACUUACUAGGAUUGCUAGCGCGUGUAAGAUGCAUGAUUGCGUAGCCUGAUCCUUGAAUGAUUAUUCUAGACGAAUAGACCACUACGUGUUGACUA